CUACUCUUUUUCUGAACAAGGCCAGACCACCCAAACCCUUUAUUUCCUUGUCUUUCUUCGUUGUCCCGAACAUAAGAUUUCCCUAUUUUUCCCCCUUUUUUUCCUUUAUAAGUUAUAAUUCUAAUAUUUCUCUCAGAAUUUCAUCGAAAAAAAAUCGAGAUUCAAGUUUGUAGAUGAAUACGUCAUACCUUCCUUCCAGCAUGUCCAACAACUUCUUGUUGGAUGCUAUAAUGGAUAGGGUUGGAUAUAGUUUUCUCUUGGUUUCCUUAGCAGCAACUAGGUUUAGAUGUUUUCUUAUGCAGGUCAUUCACUUGGCGUUUCAUUCUUGCACUGAUCUUGAUUUUGCCCCUGAGCCUAAAUACUAAUUUGUAUGCCAGUUUUGGAACGACAGCCAGUCUAUAUCGGAAGGAAAGCAUUGGUCAAUUUGGCAACUGAAGGGGAAAAUUCCUAUAUCUUCUUAUUAGGUUCAUAUGCACUCAUUUUGGACUGUUUAUGUCAGCUGUUAUACCCGGAGAACACAUAUGCACUCAUUUUGGACUGUUUAUGUCAGCUGUUAUACACGGAGAACAAGUAAAUGGUUUAGAGCUACCAAUUUGCUGAACUCUUAGACCUUGUUCAAUCAGAAUUCACUUUGACAUCAGGAUUUUUCCACUUCAGGAACUGGAGAUUGCAUUGAAAAUGAUUUUGGGGGGGGGGGGGGGUGAACAAUUGUAGUCAUGCCAUUAUCUUAAAUCCAUUAUAUUUUACCUAUGUGUUAGCAUGCUCAAUGCUUGUUUUAGGGUGUCACAGGAGGUUUAGGGAGUGACUGACAUUAAGGAAUUGAUAAUAGUGUCUCGUGCUGUGUAGUUCUAAGAUGUAAUGACCUAAGAAUCCCCUAAAGCUUGCUGGGGUCAUCUUCAUGGCCUUUACAGUUCCUUAUAUUCAACCAUUCUACUGUUUCUGCUAAUAGGUUGAUUUAUAGUGUAGGCCUUGUGAUGACAUUGCUGAAGAUUGAGCUUAGUAUUGUCUGCUGGACAACCAUUACAUUCUGUUUAUGGAGACUUAAGACUUGGAAAAAUUGGAUGCCAGGAUGAUGACCAUUAACAGGCAAGUGAUGGGAACUGUCUUAUAUUGCUUGUCAGUGAAUGUAGUAAAAACCUUAGGGGUUUGAAAAAAUUUAGCAGUUGAAAUCAUGCUUGUCUAGAUGCCUCGGAGGAGGGACAAUUAUGCAAACAUUUAAAGGUAUGAUGGCAUCAGGUUAACAUAUUUUAUUGAGGCGGAGGGCUGACUUGUACUUGCAUGUAGUGGCUUAGACGCUUACUUAAGCCAAAACUGAAGAUUGUUACUCUCAAGAUGCAAGGAAGUGAACCAUCUUGACAGGAGAGCUGAAUGUUUGUUAAGUUUGGAUUAAGAUAUGGUGCGUCUGAUAUGGCCUUUCUGAUACUCAGUUUUGAAGAGAAAUCACUGGAGCUGGGUUUUGUAAGAUUCUCCCAGUUGCUUCGUAGGCUUUGUUAUAUGUGCCUCUUUCUAAGGAGUUUAUUCACACAUUUUGAAGCUUUUUUUUUUUUUAUUUCUCGGGUAAUAUCUUCCCCCUGAUUUGUAUUAGUAAAGCUUCCUGGUGAACCAUUUCACUAUUUUUGGUGGCAGUGUUCUUUAAUGAAUGUACAUAAUACUAGCUCAUAAUUUUUUGUUGAUGCUCACCUAAUUGUUUAACCUUGAAAGAUUUCAGAAAGACAUUGUGAGGCACAAUAUAUGAGAUACUAUUAUGUAACCACUUCAUCUCUACUUCAAAUGUUACAUAAUAAGAAGAUAGGUUUUUGUCCCUCUUACAGACUGGAAGUUCAGUGUCAUGAAGUUACUAAUUUCAUGACUGGAGUACGAGGCCUUAUUCUUCUGCUGUUACUGUGACUUCACAAUCUUUAUAUCCAUUCUUGGAUAAGUGAUUAUCACUUUCAUCACAUACAUCUGCUGAGUUAUAAAUCAAUUCCGGGUGAUGUCCUGAUGUAUAAUCCUGCUUCUAGUGGUUUCUCUAGCCUCAAUCUAAGAAUAUGACGAAUGCCCUCUCCAAUUUUUUGGAGAGGGGAGAAAUGUAUAACCAGAUAAGUGCAAGAGGCAGGACCAUGGCUGGCACGCCAGUUUAUAAGAAGACCAUAGUUGCGUACUUGGUUUACUCUUCUUCUGAGACAUCGUUCUUUUCCUUUUAAGUGACUGUUAUGGGGCAUAGACAUUUAUUUGGCACAUCCCAAAUGUUUGAGAGUGAACCUGAGCAGGGCAGGAAUCAUUUGCAUGUAGAGCAACCUUAUGCAAAUAUAGCGAGGUCAAGCUCUGCAGAACAAGUUUCAUUCUUCUAUCCAGUAGAAAAUAUGCCUGUUGAUGCUGUGCAUUUUUCUUCUCACUGGAAUUCCAUGCCUAGGUCAAGUGGUUUUGCUACCUCAAGCCAUAAUGUUGAAGCUCCAUGCUACCAGCCUGACACUUCAGGCCCAUCUCAUGAUCUUUUUCUGCAUUCAUCUGCGCCUAGAACCUUUGGUUCUGCCCCUGAGAACUACAUGCAUCAUGCAUCUUCUUCCAAUUAUGAUAGGCAGACUUUCCAAGGAAUUGAUGGCGGUCUUGUUGAUCUCCCAAUGAGCAGUGGAAGAGGACCUCACAAGCGAAAAAGCCCGGGAGUUCCUUCAGUCUGUGAGAGGGGUGGAUCAAGCAGAUAUGCUGGUGCUGGAAGUUCAUCUGAUAUUCCUUUAUCUUCUGACUUUUGGCAAGAGAAACCUAAUGUAGAUCCUCAGCACAUGUAUUGGGAUCAUAUUUCCAUGCCCCCGAGCUGUAGAGGCAAUGGCCUCUCAAUUCGGGGUGAGUGUUCUAUGCGGAAUGUGAGAAGCCGUCCAGCACUUGAUCUUGAAUCUAACCUAGUUAGGACCCAUUUGUCAAGCAAUACUUCCUACCUUACAAGCCACCCGGUUGAACAUUCUAGCUCAGUGGAUAUCACUGGUCAGAGCUCGAAUGCUAUGUCAAGGGACUGGAGCCAUUUGAGAAUGUCUCCUAGUCAUGGAAGGAUUCCAGCUGCAGAUUCAAAUGUUUUUAAUCAUGAGACAAACCGCUUUCUGGGUGGUAGUAGUGCUACAAAUGCUUCUGUUGAGGUUGGGGGACUACAGCAUAAUUUCAUUUCUGGUAGAAAUCCUGUUCUUCCUCAAGGUUUCCAUGGCAACUCAGCACAAUCUUUAAGGGGUCCUCGAACAAAUUAUUUUCAGAGAUCUAGCCCAAAUUUCAGGGCCUCUUCCAGCAGUGUGCACAUAGGACAUGCUGCAUCCUAUGAAGAGGGGAUGCAGGUUGUUUCUGAAAGUUAUUCAACGAGGUAUCCUCGGCCAUUAUCAGCUGUAACAUGGCGUAAUAAUGAGCGGAGUGGGAGGUCAAGGAUAUCUAAUGAUAGAUACCAAUCUCUAGCUGAUGAUGCAGCUUUCCAUGGUCGAUUUUCAUCUGAGGGUUUUAUGAUUGUGGACCGCUCCGCUUUUUAUGGAUCUAGAAAUAUGUUUGAUCAGCAUAGAGAUAUGAGGUUAGACAUAGACAACAUGACUUACGAGGAACUACUUGCACUAGGGGAAAGAAUCGGGAGUGUUAAUACAGGCUUGUCAGAAGACUUGAUAUCUAAGUGCUUGGCUGAAACAAUUUACAGCUCUUCAGAUCAAUUCCAGGAUGAAAGCUCUUGUGUGAUCUGCCUGGAAGAGUAUAAGGACAUGGAUGAGGUUGGGGCAUUAAAGACUUGUGGUCAUAAAUACCAUAUUCCUUGUAUCAAGAAGUGGUUGUCGAUGAAGAAUACAUGUCCGAUCUGCAAAGCUUCGGCUGUGGCCGAUGAUAUAAAAUAGUGACUUCUAUAAUGGCUUAUCAUUUAUCAUUCUUGUAUAUGUAUGUUAAACUUGCUCAAACAAAAUGACAUUGUUUAGGGAAAUUUGUAAAAGAAAAAGGGGGAAUGUUAGAUUAAUUUUAAACCCAUUUGUUUGGCUUCUAUCUCAAAUAUGUAGAGCCCAGUGUUGGAUUAUGUUUAAAUGUCAUAUGUUGAUUUCAUCACCCAAA